AUGGUGCAAGACCCUCAUAACGUUCGGGUUUACACUGUCAAUGGCACCGCGGCCGGUUCAUCGUCGUCUUUGCCUGAUUGGCUAACUCGAAAGAGAGCCUCAGCGAAAGGCAAGGGAAAACGGGCGAUACGGGAACACUUUGAAGGGACCAUUGAACUUAUCCAAGGUUUUGAAUUCCCCGAGGCAAGCAACAGAGUGAAAACAACUCGCGAUGGACACCAUGUUAUCGCAACAGGCACUUACAAGCCGCAGAUGAGAGUAUGGGAUCUGGACCAACUCUCGCUCAAGUUUGAACGGCAUUCUGACGCCGAGAACGUCGACUUCGUUAUUCUAUCAGAUGACUGGACCAAGUCCAUCCAUCUCCAAAACGACCGCACCAUUGAACUACAUACACAAGGGGGCUUCCAUUACCGUACGCGGAUACCACGGUUCGGCCGCUCCCUUGCCUAUCACUUUCCCUCCUGCGAUGCCUACUUUUCCGCCUCUGGAAACGAAAUUUACCGGCUCAAUCUUGAACAAGGUUGUUUUCUCAACCCUCUUCAACUAGAAGAUGAAUCUUCGGAUGGCGAAAUAUUAGGCGUCAACACAAUCGACAUCAACCCCGUUCACCAACUGCUUGCCUUUGGCGUUGACGGUAAUGGGACUGUACAGUUUUGGGACCCGCGCUCAAGAACCAGUGUCGGCAUACUGCGGCUACCAAGAAAUCGACUGAUGCCCGUCACUGCAAGUGGAGCAGGCAGCCACAGUUUAAGCGUCACAGCCAUCUCAUCAAGACCAGAUGGGCUUUCGUACGCCGUUGGUACAUCCACCGGACACACAUUACUCUAUGACAUUCGUGCAGCCAAACCUUUUGCGACGAAGGAUCAAGGCUAUGGAUUACCAAUAAAAAAUGUUGCUUGGAUUGAGGGUGGAAGUCGGAUGGCUGGAGAUGGAAUGGUCCUUUCCGCUGACAAGAAGGUCAUCAAAAUCUGGGAUCGUAAUUCUCCUUCAACAAAUUUUGCCUCAAUUACGCCUGCCAACGAUCUAAAUGACGUUCAUCACGUCCCAGGAAGUGGGCUCUUGAUGACAGCAAAUGAAGGCAUACAAAUGGUAACGUACUUCAUCCCUCAGCUAGGGCCUGCGCCUCGCUGGGCCAGUUUUCUGGAGAACAUUACCGAAGAAAUGGAGGACCAGACGACACGCUCUAUCUACGAGGAUUACAAAUUCGUGGAGAGGAAUGAGCUCAAAACGCUCGGUCUGGAUCAUCUGGUCGGCACACCCACCCUCAAGCCGUACAUGCAUGGCUAUUUCAUUUCCCUCAAAUUAUACGACACCGCACGUAUAAUCGCAAAUCCAUUUGCGUACGCCGAACACCGGGAGAAGGUGGUCCGUGACAAGCUGGAUAAGAUGGCUGAAACGCGUAUCCGCUCCAAGAAAGAGGUUGGAGUCAAGGUCAACAAGGCUCUUGCUGAGAAGAUCCUCAAGGAGGAAGAGAGGGCUAAGAAGAAGGAAGAGAGGAAGAAGAAGCGCAAGAUGCAGCCGGCAGUGGACGAUGAGAUGGCGGUGGAUGGAGAAGAGGCUAGUGAUGAAGAAGAGGUGAAGGGAGACGAAGCCGACGGAAAGCCGAGUAUACUUUCCGAUCCACGUUUCUCGAAAGUAUUUGAGGACCCCGAGUUCGCAAUUGAUGAAAACACGAGAGAGUUUGCUCUGCUCAAUCCGUCUGCUGCCUGGCAGAAGCCUGGGAACAGGCGAAAGACGGCUGUGGAAGAAGAAGAAGAAGAGAGCGACAAGGUUUCUUCUGAUGGCCUUGGGGAGAGUGAAAGCGAAAGCGGAGAUGACAGUGAUAGUGACAGCAGCGACGCUGGAGAACUUACGAAGUUCGAUCCUCGUUCAAGGCCUGGGCAAAAGAAUCUCCGUGUUCAGCAAGCUUACGACCGUACCAGGGAGCACAACAGGGUCGCCAACAUUAACAUGGUUCCCAUCCGUGCCACGGGGACAAACUCUGAACGUCUGGGCGAUCGGAACGCCUCCUUUGGUCAACGUCUUGCGCCUUCUUCGUCAUCUAAAGAUUCAAGGCGGCCAAGUAAACCUUCUUUGGGCAAGGACGAUGGUGCCAUGGAAAUCAGCUGGGUACCCUCUGCGUCCAGUGCCAAGGAUGACGAUGGCAGUAGGCAAGGGGGAGGCAAAAAGCAGGAGAGGAGAAAGGGCGUGGAGGUGUUUGGGGCGGGAAUGGAGAAGGGUGGGGAGGAGGUUUCGGAGUCGGGGAGGAAGGGGAGAACACAAAGGAGGAAGGGUGUGCGGAGUGGUAGUAAAAAUGUCUUUCGCAGGAUGUAA